GUUAGAGAAGUAUGCCAUCUUGAAUAUUUAAUAUAUUGUUUUACCGCGUUUCAUUGUGUGCAUACAAUUUCGAAUUUCAUCCUUAAAUCAUAAACUAUCGGUUUUCAAACUUUUUAGAAGCGGAACAAAAAUGUUUCCACAAAGUUCACAGAGUAGGUACUGGAUAUUUAGUGAUGAAAAUGAUUUGACAGCGUUGAGAGAGAAAACCAACGCAGAAUUUAUUCAAAAACAUGGUGCAAACAUGACGUCAGGGGAAAGGGAAGAACAUUUUCUUUCCCAUACGGAAGAACGUAUAUUACUUCGUUUUUAUGAAUUACAAUUAAGAGAUUUCUGUCGUCGUUUUACUCCUUCAAUGCCACGUGCUACUAUAGCAACUGCAUUACAUUAUUUCAAAAGAUUCUAUCUCAGAAACAGCGUUAUGGAUUAUCAUCCCAAAGAGAUUUUAGUCACAUGUGUCUAUUUGGCCUGUAAAGUAGAAGAAUUUAAUGUCUCCAUAUAUCAAUUUGUUGCAAAUAUUAAAGGAGAUAGAGAAAAAGCAUCUGAUAUUAUACUUAAUAAUGAAUUACUUCUUAUGCAACAGUUAAAUUAUAAUUUGACAGUACAUAAUCCAUUCAGGCCAGUAGAAGGUUUAAUGAUAGAUAUCAAGACAAGGUAUACCUCUUUGGAAAAUCCAGAAAGGUUAAGGCCAUAUAUCGAUGAAUUUUUAGAAAGAGUAUUUUUGACUGAUAGCGUUUUAUUAUAUACUCCAAGCCAAGUUGCAUUGGCUGCAACAUUACAUGCUGCAUCCAGAGCAUCUGCUAAUUUAGAUAAUUAUGUGACUGAUAUUUUGUUCUCUAAAGAACAUUUGGGAUGUAUAAUAGAAGCAGUAAGAAAAAUAAGAUCAAUGGCUAAAUGUGUAGAUCCUCCUUCAAGAGAAAUGGUAAGAGCUUUAGAAAAAAAAUUAGAAAAAUGUAGAAAUCAGGAAAAUAAUCCUGAUAGUGAAAUCUAUAAACAAAGAAUGCAAGAAAUGUUGGACGAAGAAGAUUUACAGGACAAUGAGAAAUAUGCUAAAAUUAUACAGGAUCAAGCAGCUCACGAUGAGAAAAUUUUGGGCGUCAGUAAAGUUUUGUCUCCUUCAGCUCUGUAAUAAAGUCAUUGUUGAAAUAUUGUAUUUAUAUCAUUUUUUAUAUUUUUAUUUAUUGUACAGGUAAUAAAUAAUUUAAUAACUUA